AUGUUUCCCAAAUUAAACUACACACAAAAGCUGCGCCACCACAUCGGAGAGCUCCUCCGUCACGAUAUCGCCAAGCGCUCACAAUCCGUGGACGAAUAUGCGCUGCGUCAUCGUGUCAAUGACUACUACUUGCCUAUGUUCUGCUGGACAAUUGAGGUCGUGGAGGCUGUGCAGAAACGACUGGGCGAGGCCAAACGCUGUGUCUGCAUCGGUCUGAGCUGUCCACAAGGCGGCGGAAAGACUACAAUGUCCAUGUACAUGCAAAAAGCACUGGCAGUUGUAGGCAUAAACUGUGCUGUCAUGUCGCUGGACGAUGUGUACUGGAAGCACGAGGACCAGGUGGCUCUUGCGAAAGCCAAUCCAGCCAAUCCGCUGCUUCAGUAUCGCGGCAAUCCAGGCACGAUGGACGUGCCAUUACUGAUGGACAUCAUUCGGCAGUGCCAGACCUCCGAUAGCGAGGUGGUGCUACCUCGCUAUGACAAGUCAAAGCAUAACGGCCAGGGCGAUCGUGCUCCUCGUUCCGAGUGGGAUCGCAAGCAAUGUCCGUUGGACGUGCUGCUGAUUGAAGGCUGGUGCAUGGGUUUUCAAGCAAUCGACGACUCGAGCGUCAAGAUGAGUGACCACCUGAAGGUAGUGAAUGACGAGUUGCGCGCCUUUCAGGAAAUGUACGCGGAACUAGACAGUCUCAUCGUGAUCAAGAUUGACGACCUCGACUGGGUCUACGAAUGGCGCGAGCAGCCGGAACAGCUUCUGCGUCAAGCGAACAGACCAGCCAUGACCUCCGAAGAAGUGCGCGACUUUGUGGAUCGCUUCAUGCCAGCAUACGAAACGUACUUGCGGGGGCUUUACACCGACCCGAAAGACUCGUCGUCUUCUUUAGCUACAAUACCACGACUUGUUUUCUCCAUCACAGCGGCCCGGGAGCCAGUGGGAAAGCCAAUGGAGUUCAACUUUACAUCCAAGGCGUUACAGGAGGGUUGA